AUGUCGUCCACCACGUCGACCUCAUCGACGCCCACGGCGCGGCCUCUCCAACAUUCACUACCACAGCCUGCCGACAGCGCUAAACGACACAUUCCCGUCACUCCCGCUCUUCUUCGGUCAAUAUUUGCAUCGUCUCGGACACCCAACGAGGAACGGUCAAUUUCUCGUAUCGCAUUUUUCCGCUUGGCGGCCGCACGAGGACGGGGAAUCAAGAGCAGCACGGCACUGUUGGGUGUCGUUUGA